AUGAGCAAUCGCACCACACUGUCUGGGUCGACAGUCGAUAGCGUCAAGCCCGAAGAGAAGUCCAACACAUUCGAAGAAGCUACAACCGUGCAAACGAAGCGACGACCUUCCUUUGCCACAAGGAGCAGCCUGGAAAGUACAGCGACUACGCUGCCAUCGUAUAGCGGGGUCUCUGAUCAACCGCCUGCGUACAGCGGCAGUGCUUUGCCAUCAAGUUCUGCUGGGAAACUAAAGGCCCAGGCUCAUACCUCGAAUGCUUCUAGCUCUAGUGGACCUAAUGCCGCAGCAGUUCGCGCUAUGUUUGCGCCACCGGAUCCGCGUACAGACAAGAUGCACACUACGCGUCCGAAGAGGGUAGAGAAUUAUGAUGAAGAUCCUACCUACAAAGGAAAGCUUGCUCGGAUGACUGGAAGCACAAGCAAGUGGAACUAUUUUGGCCAUGAUAUUGAGCAAUAUGGCAAUCCUUUCAAAAGCCUAAGAAGGAAGAAGUAG